AUGUCAGCUGUUACUGAAUCUAAAGGUUUAGUACUAGAGAACACAUCUCGUAGAGAUGCUCUAAUUGCCAUUGAAAAGAAAUACCAAAAAUUAUGGUCUGAGGAACAUCAAUUUGAAAUCGACGCUCCAAGCAUCGAUGACGUUCCAAUCACUAUGGACUCUGAGGAAUUACAUAAAAAGUAUCCAAAAUUCAUGUCAUCUAUGGCUUAUCCAUACAUGAACGGUGUCUUGCAUGCUGGUCAUUGUUUCACUUUAUCUAAAGUCGAAUUUUCAGUUGGUUUUGAAAGAAUGAACGGUAAGAGAGCUUUAUUCCCAUUGGGAUUCCAUUGUACUGGUAUGCCAAUUCUAGCUUGUGCUGACAAAUUGAAGAGAGAAGCUGAAAUAUUUGGUAGUGAUUAUUUGAAUGUCCCUGCUGAAGAAGACGAAGAAGUCGAAGAAGCUCCAAAGAAACAGGUUUCCGAAGAUGUCACUAAAUUCAAAGCCACCAAGUCCAAGGCACAAGCUAAGAAGGGUCGUGGUAAGUACCAAUUUGAAAUUAUGCUACAGUUAGGUAUUGCAAGAGAAGAUAUCAAGAAGUUUGCUGAUUCUAAGUACUGGUUAGACUACUUCCCACCUUUAUGUCAACAAGACUGUUCCGAUCUAGGUGCACGUAUCGAUUGGAGACGUUCUUAUAUCACAACUGACCGCAACCCAUACUACGAUGCUUUCAUCAGAUGGCAAAUGAAUAAAUUAAAGGAACACGGAAAAAUUAAAUUUGGUGAACGUAACACUAUUUAUUCAGAAAAAGAUGGUCAACCAUGUAUGGAUCACGAUAGACAAACAGGUGAAGGUGUUACUCCACAAGAAUAUGUCGCUGUUAAGAUAGCGGUUACUGAAUUUUCACCAGAAGCUCAAAAGGCCAUCGAUUCCGCUGGUGAUAAACUUGAUAAAUCAAAGAAAUUUUAUUUCAUUGCAGCUACUUUAAGACCAGAAACAAUGUAUGGUCAAACAUGUUGCUUUGUUUCUCCAAAAAUCGAUUACGGUAUCUGUGAUGCUGGUGAUUCUUACUACAUUACUACUGAAAGAGCGUUCAAGAACAUGUCUUACCAAAAAUUAACCCCAACCAGAGGCUCUUAUAAACCAGUUUUAUUCGUCAAUGGUCAAGCAUUCAUUGGUUCUAAGAUUCAUGCCCCAAUUUCUGUUUACCCUGAAAUUAGAAUCCUACCUAUGAAUACCGUAAUUGCUACUAAAGGUACCGGUGUUGUCACUUGUGUUCCAUCCAACUCUCCAGAUGAUUACAUCACAAUGAAGGAAUUACAAAACAAACCCGAAUAUUAUGGUAUUGACCCAGAAUGGGUGAACUUUGAACCACUCCCAAUUAUCAAAACAGAAAAGUAUGGUGACUUUACAGCUCAAGCUCUAGUUGAAGAAAAGAAAAUCCAAUCUCCAAAGGAUAUCAAUGCCUUAGCAGAAGCUAAAAAAUUGGCUUACAAAGAAGAUUUCUACAGCGGUAUUAUGACCUUCGGUAAGUACACCGGUGAAAAGGUUGAAGUCGCUAAGGACAAGGUCAAGAAUGAUAUGAUCACAGAAGGUGUUGCUUUUGUUUACAACGAACCUGAAAGUCAAGUCGUUUCCCGUUCCGGUGACGAGUGUAUUGUUUCAUUAGAGGACCAAUGGUAUCUAGAUUAUGGUGAGGAAUCCUGGAGAAAGUUGGCUGAAGAAUGUCUACAAGACAUGCAAUGUUUCUCUCCAGAAGUUAAGAAUGCCUUUGAAGGUGUUUUAGACUGGUUAAAGAAUUGGGCUGUUUCCCGUACUUAUGGUUUAGGUUCGAAAUUACCAUGGGAUCCUAAAUAUCUAGUUGAAUCGUUAUCUGAUUCUACAAUAUACCAAUCUUUCUAUACUAUUGCCCAUUUACUAUUUAGUGAUUUCUAUGGUGCAGAAGUCGGUCCAUUGGGUAUCAAACCAGAACAAAUGACUGAUGAAGUUUUUGAUUACAUUUUCCAACACACUGAUGACAUUGAAAGCAAUAUUCCAAUCAGAUCUUUACAAACUCUAAGAAGAGAGUUUGAAUAUUUCUACCCAUUAGAUGUAUCCAUUUCUGGUAAAGAUUUAAUUCCAAAUCAUUUGACUUUCUUCAUUUAUACUCAUGUUGCAUUAUUCCCAAAGAAGUUUUGGCCAAAGGGUAUCAGAGCCAAUGGUCAUUUGAUGUUAAACACUGCUAAGAUGUCUAAAUCUACUGGUAAUUUCAUGACAUUAGAACAAUUAGUAGAAAAGUAUGGUGCUGAUGCUUCUCGUAUUGCUCUAGCAGAUGCUGGUGAUACUAUUGAGGAUGCUAAUCUUGAUGAAUCUAACGCUAAUGCCGCAAUUUUAAGAUUAUUUAACUUAAAGGAAUGGGCCGAAGAAAUGAUUAAAAAUAUAGAUUCUCUAAGAUCUGGUCCAAUUACUGAAGUAUUUGAUAUUGCAUUUGAAAAUGAAAUGAAUUCCUUAGUUGAAAAGACUUAUGAACAAUAUACUUUAACAAAUUAUAAGAAUGCAUUGAAAUAUGGUCUAUUUGAUUUCCAAGCUUCGAGAGAUUACUAUCGUGACUCUGGUGAGACUAUGCAUAAAGAUUUGGUUCUACGUUAUAUUGAAACUCAAGCUUUGUUAUUAGCUCCAGUGACUCCACAUUUCUCUGAUUUCAUUUAUCGUGAAUUGUUAAAGAAGGAAGGUUCUGUUCAAAAUGCUAAGUUUCCACGUGCUACAAAACCUGUUGACCAAGCUAUCUCUGCUUCAUUAGAAUACAUCAGAGAUUUACAAAGAAGUAUUAGAGAAGCUGAAGGUCAGGGUAUGAAGAAAAAGAAGGGCAAACCUGCCGAUUUAGAUUCCUCCAAACCAGCUAGAUUAACAUUAUUAAUUUCUGAAAAUUUCCCAGAAUGGCAAAAUGCUGUUAUUGAGGUUGUCAGGGAAUUAUUUGAAUCUCAAUCCUUAAAUGAUAAUAAGAAGGUUAAAGAGAAGGUUGAACCAAAAGAAAUGAAACGUGCCAUGCCUUUCAUCUCUUUGUUGAAACAACGUUUGGCUAAUGAAUCUGCUGACAGUGUGUUCAAUAGAGAAUUAUUAUUUAAUGAAGUUGAAAUUAUCAAGGGUGCUUUACCUAACAUACAAAAGGCUACACAAUCUGUUUCCGUAGAAGAAGUAAAGAUUCUUUCAUUCCCACAAGGUGCCAAGGUUGGUAAGAAUGUAAUUACAGGUGAAGAAGAAGAGUUACCAAACUUUGCUAGAAUAAUUGACAAUGCUGUACCAGGUACACCAGGUGUUAUUUUACAAAAUUUAUAA